AAAGGGGAGGUCAAUCUGUCGCCUUCCCAUGGGCCGUUAGCAGUGCAGUUUAAUCGAUAGAAAUCGUUUCGCUGUCUGUAACGUUGGUUUCAACAUGUAAACGUUUACAGCGCGUUUCUACUCACGAUUUUAUCAGUAGCGUAAAUGAUACAAUGUAAUUUAUCUUUAUGCAAUACAUGCGCUGUCAGAACAGGCAAAGGAGGUGUACACCGGAAUAGACCAGACAUGGUGGAACUUCACGGUCGCUGACUCAUAUUGACCUACAGCAAUGUUGCCCUUAUCUAAUAUUCUUACCAGACCGUCUGUCAGAUUGCUUUCAUCCUCUAAUUUGAGUCAAGGGUGGGUCUGGUGUCCAUGUAGACAUGUGUCGGUCAAACCCGGAGGUUGGACGAAGAAGAAGGUUCCACCAAGAUACCUUGGCCAACCAAGUCCAUUCACACAUCCACACCUUAUCAAACAUGGUGAGGUGACCCCAGGCCUGACCCAGACAGAGUAUGAGCUGCGCAGACACAAGCUGGCCUCACUCAUCCAGGCCCAGGCGGAUCGUCUGGGACCCGAUGCCUCCUCCAGCUCUCACGUGGUGGUGGUCCUCUCCCACCCCACCUGCUACAUGACCAAUGACAUCCCUUACCCCUUCCACCAGAACCAGGAUUUCCUCUACCUCACAGGCAUCAUGGAGCCUGACAGCGCCCUGGUCCUGUGUGGGAGCGGAUGUCCGGACCAGGCCAUCCUCUUUGUGCCCCGGAGGGACCCGGCCCGGGAGUUGUGGGAUGGACCCAGAUCAGGGAAGGAUGGGGCGAGGGCGCUGACAGGAAUAGAGAGGGUCCACAGUACUGAGGAGCUAGGCCUGAUCCUGAAGAGCCUCAAAGGCAGCAAUGUGUGGUAUGACGGCUCCCGGCCCUGCCACCCUCAGCUUCAUCAGAGCCACGUCAGGCCUCUGCUGGAGGUGGGCCCCAUGGUGCGCUCCCUCCGGCCCCUCACACACUCCCUCAGGGCCGUCAAGAGCCCUGCCGAGGUGGCCCUAAUGACGGAGGCUGGUUGCAUAACGGCACAGGCCUUCAGAAAGACAAUGGGUAUAUGUCAUGGGGACGUUGAUGAAGCUCUGCUGUAUGCAAAGUUUGACUUUGAGUGCCGUGCCCAUGGAGCCAACUUCCUGGCCUAUCCUCCUGUGGUGGCAGGUGGAAACAGAGCUAACACGCUUCAUUACAUAAACAACAACCAGAUGGUCAAGGCUGGGGAAAUGGUUCUGCUCGAUGGAGGAUGUGAAUAUUUUGGUUACGUUAGUGAUGUCACUCGAACCUGGCCAGUGAAUGGAAAGUUCAGCCCGGCCCAAGUGGAGCUGUACGAGGCGGUGCUGGAGGUGCAGAGAACCUGUCUGUCUCUGUGCUCGCCAGGGGUCAGUCUGGACCACAUCUACAGCACCAUGCUGGCCCUGCUGGGCCGGCAGCUCCGGAGGUUGGGCCUCGUCAGGACCUCCACCUCUGAUGCUGACGCUGUAAAGGCUGCUAAAAAGUACUGCCCCCACCAUGUCGGCCACUACCUGGGUAUGGAUGUGCAUGAUACCCCUGACCUGUCCCGCUCCCAGCCUCUACAGCCAGGCAUGGCUAUCACUAUUGAACCAGGGCUGUACAUCUGUGAAGAUGAUGACCAGGUUCCAGAGAGGUUCCGAGGGCUUGGGGUGAGGAUAGAAGACGAUGUUGUGAUAAGAGAGGAAGGAGGACCUCUGAUUCUGUCCUCUGACACUCCCAAAACCAUCUUGGAGGUGGAAAGCGCUUGUGCUCAGAGAUCAAGCUGAUGGAGGGAACUUAAAAGGACACUGGAUUCAUCUUUGGGCCAGUGGGAGGGUGUUCCUUCGUGGUCAGAGUGCUUAGGAGCAAAUGUGAAUCAAAAAAAAUCAUGAACUCCUUCCUUCGUAGGCUGAAUGGGAGCACUUUGUGGAUUCUAAAAUGACUUGUCUUUUCUCAGUUGGUGUAAAUGUUCAUGUUUUCAUCAUCCUAUCUUUUAUAGAUAUACAACAAACCACUUUUUUUGCCCCCACAAUAAAAUCACAUUUUACAGGUUCAAUG